AUGGGUUGGCUGAAAAGAAUACUCCAGGGUUCUACUUCUAACUCCAGACAGAGAUCUAAUGGAAGUGGUGAGGUUGAUGAUGGUCGUUCUUGUUCUGAUAAGCCCAGCGACACAGAGGAAGAAUCAUCAGAGGGUGAGGAAACGGACUAUCAAAUCACCCACAUUCGUUCCUUCUCAGAAAAUGGUCAAGGUGACGAUCUCUAUGGAGCAGCAAUGACCAAGGACUGGCCCGACUGGGUACAAUAUGAAGAACUGAAAUUGGUGGAUGUAGAUGAACCACCGACCCAGUCUUUCCAACGAAGUUGGGCUUUAGAAUCCUCCCUAUGUGACCCUGCAAACAUAUUCCAACCUUUCCCGUUCUCAUUUUAUCCCAAUAACCGAGAGCAGUACCAUGGAAGCUACGAAGAUGAUGAUCGCCGUUAUUCUGAUGAAGUAAAUGACUCCACGGAUGAAUUGACAGACCGUGGUGAAGAAACAUACCACAGAGUUCCCCAUUCCUCCUUAAUCUCAGAAGAAGGUCAAGGUGAGUUCCACGGCAGUUCAUAG